GCCUAAUCUAGCCCCUCCCCUUUCCCUGUGCUUAAGGGGCCGCUGGGCUCCUAGGUCUCGCCGCCAUGUCGUGCUUCACACGCACUAGUCUUCCCACAAGCUCCCCCUUCCUCUGGGACCCACUAAGCCCCGCGACAGCCCUGGGUGCAGUUAACCCGCCCUCGGCAGCCCCCUCUCCUCAGCUGCGCCGGCCCGAAACCACUGCCCAGGGAAGCUGAGCGACACCCGCCCGUUCUCCCGCCCCUGCCUAUCCUGAGGGCGGGGGGACCCCGCCGGGGGCCCUACCCCCCACACGCUCGCCAUCCCCGAGCCCCCUCCUUCUUCCCUUCCUCCUCCUCCGGCUUUGGGCCGCCCGCCCGGCCCUUUGCGCCGCCCAGUAUCUGCGGGGAAGGGAAACUGAAAGGGCGCGGCGGCGGCGGCGGCGGCGGCGGCGGCGGGCGGGGCAGAGGACCUGCCGGGACCAGACCCUGAGCUCCAGCCGGCGGCGGCUGGGAGAGGACGCGCCGGAGCGGGACCAUUGUCAAGAAAAUUAUCAAGGGAGAAGAAUGAGGAAAAGAAAGAACGUCCAGUUUCUAGCUCAUCUUUAGGAAACAGAGCCCUGUAAAUGCUAAGCGCUCUGCUUGUUGGAACAUGUAAUUUCUUGAUUCAGUAAAUCAGGAGGUUUAAUCAGUUUGACUGUUUCCAAACUCUAGAGUCCUAUAAGCCUUAUAAACUAAGAGUAAUGUAAAAGACAAAUGCUGAAUGGGAUGAUUUACAGAUAACUGAAAACAACGUGAAUGUAGAGGAAUUCAAGUGACUCAAGAAAUGGAGGACAGAAGACCAUAUCCAGAGGCCAGACCCAGGAAUCCCCAUCCAAACCACGGAGGGCCUGAGGAAGGAGAAUUACCACCUAGAGCUCAAAAUCAAGUCAAUAAUCCACCAGCUAAUGCCCUCAGAGGAGGAGCCAACCAGCCUGGAAGGCAUCCUAGGGCCAACUACCAUCCUAUUCCUUGUAGGCAAAGGGAGGACAGAUUUGCAGCCAUGGGCAGAAACCCACAUCAAGAAAGGAGGAACCAUGAAGGUCACACCAAUGAUGAACCGAGAGGCCAAAGACAUGGUCAGGACAAUGACACCAGGCGAAGAAAUGGCAACCAGGAGGGAAGGAACCGUAGACCACCAUGGUCCAAGGAAAACUUUCAGCAGUGGCGCACACCCCACCAGAAACCGAUAGAACAGCAACAGCAGGUGAAAAAACUGGGCUACAAGUUCCUAGAAAGUCUUUUACAGAAAGAUCCUUCUGAGGUGGUCAUCACACUUGCCACAAGUGCAGGGCUGAAGGAGCUCCUGUCUCAUACUUUCAUGAACUCUAACUUCCUGGAGCUUAUUUGCCAGGUUCUUCGGAAGGCUUGCAGUUCCAAAAUGGACCGCCAGAGUGUUCUCCAUGUCCUGGACUUACUGAAAAACUCUAAGUUUCUCAAAGUCUGUCUGCCAGCAUAUGUAGUAGGAAUGAUUACUGAACCCAACCCCGAAAUUCGAAACCAGUAUCCAGAGCACAUUAGCAACAUCAUCUCCCUUCUCCAGGAUCUUGUGAGCGUCUUUCCCGCUAGCUCUGUUCAGGAGACUUCCAUGCUCAUUUCCCUCCUGCCAACUUCUCUUAAUGCUUUGAGAGCCUCUGGUGUUAACAUAAAAGAGGAAACAGAGAAGAACCUGGAAAAAGUGCAGACUAUCAUUGAACAUCUGCAGCAAAAGAGGCGAGAGGGCACUUUGAGAAUUGAUACCUAUACUCUAGUACAGCCUGAGACAGAGGACCACGUUGAAAGCUACAGGACCAUGCCCAUUUAUCCUACUUACAAUGAAGUGCAUUUGGAUGAGCGACCAUUCCUUCGACCCAACAUCAUUUCUGGAAAAUAUGACAGCACUGCUAUCUAUUUAGAUACCCACUUCCGACUCCUGCGAGAAGAUUUUGUCAGACCCCUGCGAGAAGGCAUUCUGGAACUUCUCCAAAGUUUUGAAGACCAAGGUCUGAGGAAGAGAAAGUUUGAUGAUAUCCGAAUUUAUUUUGACACCAGGAUUAUCACACCCAUGUGUUCAUCUUCAGGCAUUGUCUACAAGGUACAGUUUGACACAAAACCACUGAAGUACGUUCGCUGGCAGAAUUCCAAGCGACUGCUCUAUGGCUCCUUGGUAUGCAUGUCAAGGGACAAUUUUGAGACAUUCCUUUUUGCCACUGUGUCUAACCGGGAGCAGGAAGACCUAUGCCGAGGAAUUGUCCAACUCUGUUUCAAUGAGCAGAGUCAACAGCUGCUAGCAGAUGUCCAACCCUCUGACUCUUUCCUCAUGGUGGAAACAACCGCAUACUUUGAGGCCUACCGACAUGUCCUAGAAGGACUCCAAGAGGUCCAGGAGGAAGAUGUCCCGUUUCAGAGGAAUAUUGUAGAGUGUGACUCUUAUGUGAAGGAGCCACAGUACUUGCUAAUGGGAGGCGGAUAUGAUUUCACUCCCUUAAUAAAGAAUCCCACAGCCACUGGAGAAUUUCUGAGGAAUGCAGAUAGCUUAAGACGUUCCAGAGUUAAUGUCUUAGACCCCAGCCAGUGGCCCUCAAAGGAAGCCUUAAAACUGGAUGACUCCCAGAUGGAAGCCUUGCAGUUUGCUCUCACAAGAGAACUGGCUAUUAUUCAGGGACCUCCUGGAACAGGCAAAACUUAUGUGGGUCUAAAAAUUGUUCAAGCCCUUCUAACCAAUGAAUCUGUUUGGCAAAUUAGCCACCAGAAGUUCCCCAUUUUGGUUGUGUGCUAUACUAAUCAUGCUUUGGACCAGUUCUUGGAAGGCAUCUACAAGUGUCAAAAGACCAGCAUCGUUAGGGUAGGUGGAAGGAGCAACAGUGAAGUCCUAAAGCAGUUCACCCUGAGGGAACUGAGGAAUAAGCGGGAAUUCCGCCGCAACCUCCCCAUGCACCUCCGAAGGGCCUACAUGACUAUCAUGACAGAGAUGAAAGAAUCAGAGCAAAAGGUUCAUGAAGGGGCCCAAACACUGGAAUGUACCACACGUGGUGUACUACGGAAACAGUAUCUUGAGAAGUACAUCUCUCCUCAGCACUGGAAAAGCCUAAUGAAUGGACCAAUAGAGGAUAAUGACUGGGCUUUCUUCCAGGACUGGAAGCAUUCCAUAAUGCUGGAGUGGCUAGGUUUGGGUGUUAGUUCUUUCACCCAAAAUGUUGCUCCAACAGCAUCUGAAAAUCCAGCUCAAGCAAAAGGGGAGGAAGAAGAAGAAGAAGAAGGAGAAGAGGAGGGUUCACUGAUUGAGAUUGCAGAGGAGGCUGACCUGAUUCAGGCAGACAGGGUGAUUGAAGAGGAAGAGGUGGUGAGGCCCCGGCGGCGGAAGAAGGAAGAAAAUGGAGCAGACCAGGUGUUGGCUAAACUACUUCUGGCCAUGCGGCUGGACAAUUAUGGCCCUGGAGCAGCAACUGGGCAGGAGCAAGCACCAGAAUGGGAGACCCAGCGCAACCAGAAAAAGAAAAUGAAGAAGAGAGUGAAGGUUGAGCUUCGCAAGCUGAACACUAUGACUGAGGCUGAAGCCAGUGAAAUCCAGGAUGUUUGGCAGCUGGACCUAAAUUCUCGAUGGCAGCUUUAUAGGCUGUGGCUACAGAUGUACCAGGCCGAUACCCGCAGGAAGAUCCUCAAUUAUGAACAUCAGUACCGCACAUCAGCAGAGAGAAUGGCUGAGCUGAGACUCCAGGAAGACCUGCACAUACUGAAAGAUGCCCAGGUCGUAGGGAUGACAACCACAGGUGCUGCUAAAUACCGCCAGAUACUGCAAAAGGUAGAGCCUCGAAUUGUCAUUGUGGAAGAGGCUGCUGAAGUCCUUGAGGCCCACACCAUUGCCACACUGAGUAAAGCUUGCCAGCAUCUCAUUCUGAUUGGAGACCACCAGCAGCUGCGCCCCAGUGCCAAUGUGUAUGAUCUAGCCAAAAACUUCAACCUUGAGGUAUCCCUCUUUGAAAGGCUGGUGAAAGCGAACAUUCCAUUUGUCCGUCUGAAUUAUCAGCACCGCAUGCGCCCUGAAAUUGCCCGGCUUUUGACCCCUCAUAUUUACCAGGACUUGGAGAAUCAUCCCUCUGUUCUCAAAUAUGAGAAAAUUAAAGGUGUCUCUUCCAACCUUUUCUUCAUAGAACAUAAUUUUCCUGAACAGGAAAUUCAAGAAGGCAAAAGUCACCAGAAUCAGCAUGAGGCUCGAUUUGUGGUGGAGCUGUGCAAGUAUUUCCUGUGCCAGGAAUACCUGCCUUCCCAGAUUACCAUCCUCACCACCUACACCGGGCAGCUUUUCUGCCUUCGCAAACUAAUGCCUGCUAAGACAUUUGCUGGUGUCAAGGUUCAUGUAGUUGACAAAUACCAAGGUGAAGAGAAUGACAUCAUUCUCCUCUCACUAGUACGAAGCAACCAGGAAGGCAAGGUGGGCUUUCUCCAGAUAUCCAACCGUAUCUGUGUGGCCUUGUCCCGUGCCAAGAAGGGGAUGUAUUGCAUUGGAAACAUGCAGAUGCUGGCCAAGGUCCCUUUAUGGAGCAAGAUCAUCCAUACCCUUCGAGAGAAUAAUCAGAUAGGCCACACACUCCAGUUGUGCUGCCAGAACCACCCAGAUACAUUUACCUUAGUAUCCAAAGCUUCUGACUUCCAGAAAGUCCCCGAAGGAGGCUGCAGCCUACCCUGUGAGUUCCGGCUAGGCUGUGGGCAUGUCUGCACCCGAGCCUGCCACCCCUAUGACUCCUUGCACAAGGAGUUCCAAUGCAUGAAGCCAUGCCAGAAGGUCAUCUGCCAAGAUGGACACAGGUGUCCCCUUGUUUGCUUCCAGGAGUGUCAGCCUUGUCAGGUGAAGGUCCCCAAAAUCAUUGUUCAGUGUGGCCAUGAGCAGAUGGUCCCUUGUUCUAAGCCUGAGUCCGAUUUCUGCUGCCAAGAGCCUUGCUCCAAGGUCCUGAAAUGUGGGCACAAAUGCAGUCAUCCAUGUGGUGAGGACUGUGUGAGACUGUGUCCAGAAAAGGUUACUGUGAAACUUAAGUGUGGGCACAGUCAACAGGUGAAGUGUGGCAAUGUGGAAGAUCUCAUGUAUGACAUGCCAGUCAAGUGCACAACCAAGUGUAGCACCAUCUUGGACUGUGGGCAUCCUUGUACUGGUUCCUGCCAUAGCUGUUUUGAAGGGCGCUUCCAUGAGCGGUGUCAGCAGCCCUGCAAGCGCCUGCUCAUCUGCUCACACAAGUGCCAGGAGCCAUGCAUUGGUGAGUGUCCACCCUGCCAGCGAACCUGUCAGAACCGCUGUGUCCACAGCCAAUGCAAGAAGAAGUGUGGGGAACUGUGCAGCCCCUGUGUGGAACCCUGCGUCUGGCGCUGCCAACACUAUCAGUGCACCAAACUCUGCUCUGAACCCUGCAACCGACCCCCAUGCUACGUGCCAUGUACUAAGCUGUUGGCUUGUGGUCACCCUUGCAUUGGCUUGUGCGGAGAGCCGUGCCCUAGCAAGUGCCGCGUCUGCCACCAGGAUGAAGUCACCCAGAUAUUCUUUGGCUUUGAGGAUGAGCCUGAUGCCCGCUUUGUGCAGCUAGAAGACUGCAACCACAUCUUUGAGGUGCAAGCUUUGGACCUCUACAUGAAUGAGCAAAAGGAGGAUGAAGUUGCCAUCAAGCUGAAGGUCUGCCCUAUCUGCCAGGUACCCAUCCGCAAAAAUCUGAGAUACGGAACCAGCAUUAAACAGCGACUAGAAGAGAUUGAAGUUGUCAAGGAAAAGAUCCAAGGCUCAGCAGGAGAAAUUGCAACUAGUCAGGAACAACUUAAGGCCCUUCUGGAGACGAAGAAGCUCCUCUACCAUAUGCUCCCUGAAGACUUCCUGAUGUUGGAGGAGAAGCUGGCCCAGAAAAAUCUGUCAGUGAAGGAUCUGGGUCUUGUUGAGAAUUAUAUCAGCUUCUAUGACCACUUGGCUGGCCUGUGGGAAUCCCUGAAAAAGGUACAUUUCCGAGAACAAAAGAAUGUGAGGACUCGACUAGACCAGGUCCAUGAAUGGCUAACCAAGAAGCGUUUAAGCUUCACCAGCCAAGAAUUGGAUGACCUGCAAAGUGAAAUCCAAAGGCUCACAUACCUGGUGAACCUUCUGACUCGAUGCAAGAUGGCAGAGGAAAAGCUGAAAGGCAGUGUGUUUGAAGAGGUCCUUAGUGUCCGGAAGAUCCUUGAGAAAACAUCUAAGUUCACCCAGGAGGAUGAAGAGUUUGUCCAGAAAAAGAUGGAAGCUCUGAAAGCCACCCUUCCCUGCUCUGGUUUAGGGAUCACAGAGGAGGAACGAGUGCAGAUCGUCACUGCCAUGGGUUUUCCGCGUGGCCACUGGUUCAAGUGUCCCAAUGGCCACAUCUACGUGAUUAGCGAUUGUGGAGGAGCCAUGCAGAGGGGCAGAUGUCCUGACUGUAAGGAGAUCAUUGGUGGUAUAAAUCAUACUCUGGAAAGGAGCAACCACCUUGCUUCUGAGAUGGAUGGAGCCCAGCACGCUGCCUGGUCUGAUACAGCCAACAACCUGAUGAACUUUGAGGAGAUCCAGAGGAUGAUGUAGAAACACGGCGUGAUGCUGCCUUUUGCCAGCUACCUUAUGGCUGGAGUCAGCUCCCAUAAGAAGGAACUGCAGUUUGUUUUUUUACUAUUGCCCUUUGAUCUUAGCACCUAUUUAAGGAUCCACUAUUAGGGCUUGCCCAUAAUCGAUCUUUUGUUUUUACCCCUGCGCUAGAGUAAGCACUUUACCUCCAGGACUGAACAAAGUUAACAUUUCUUUUUCUGCCCUGCAAGUUACUGAACAGACUCUCUGGAGCACUAGUGGGGCAGCCACCUAGGGCUAUCUAGUGAUAGCUGAGUCCUGGCUCAUGUUCUGGUUUUUUUUUCCCGUACUGUUCUGUGGCCACAGAAUAUGUUAUGAGCUCAGUGAAACAGUCAUUCUAAUUGCCAGGUCAUAACUUGCAGACUAACUUUCAUCCUAAUAAGAGGCCCAGAGGAGUUGUUUAUAUCCUUUCAAGGAGCACAAGAAUCCCUCCUGCCCUCCACUUCAGGCUCCCUUCAGAAAAUAGGGCCACCUCAUAAGAGGAAGACUUCACUAACACUGACCCAGUUACAUAUUCUGUGAGCAAAGUACCCACAGCCGGGGCUCUUGCCGCAGGCCCAGGCUAACUAAGGAGUGAUCCCUGUACCCUUUCCUGACUUGAACUUUGGGAUGAUGGGUUUCUUUGCAUAUAGUAGGAAAGGUUCAGUAGCAGUGCUGAUCCCCAGCAGCCCCAGAUAGAACUAAACUCACAUUUGGUACCAGCAGCACCUAUCCAAAGUGUGUCCCUUUGUCUCAGAUCCUCUAUUGCAGCUUUUGCCUGGGCAGGGUUAGCAUGCCAGCAGCUUCUGCAGGCCCCCACCCCCACCCCUUCCCCAGGCUUGCAUACAUAUCCCCUCAAUCCAGUGUUCCCUAGAACAGACACUUAGGCAUCUCAGGUUUUUCUAAUGUUGGAGAGAAAAACAUCCCUUUCCUAUGUAUGCAUUUCCUUUUUUGUCUUUACUAUGCACUUUAGCCUUUACAGCCAAUUAAUAAAAUGAUUGAGAAGACUA